CAUCAACAUGGCUUUAUAUUCGCUUAAACCAAUAAUUCCCACUCUUCUCCUUAUUCUGCUCAAUUUUAUCUUUCUUGUAGAAGCUACUGCUACCAGUACUGUUACCUCUCCAAAAAAAAUCCAUGACGUACUCUGUAUCGAAAGUGAGAAACAAGAACUUUUGAGUUUCAAGCAAGACCUUGUUGAUCCCAUGAAUAGGUUAAGUUCUUGGGUUGCCAACGGAGAUGACUGCUGCAAAUGGACUGGAAUUGUUUGUGACAACAUCACAGCCCAUGUCACACACCUCCGACUUGCUAAUCCUCUGAUCUCUUAUGAUUUUCUUUAUCAUGAGGUGACAAGUAAAUAUAAUGGUGCAUUAAGUGGCAAGGUAAAUCCUUCCAUACUUAAUCUUACAUAUCUUACUCACUUAGACUUGAGCUACAAUGAUUUUGGGGGAACUCAAAUUCCCAGCUUCAUGGGUUCUUUGAUGAGUUUGAAAUAUUUAAAUCUCACUCGAACAGGAUUUGAGGGAAAUAUCCCCUACCAACUUGGAAAUCUAUCGAGUUUGAGCCAUCUUAUUCUUUACAGUGAUUAUGUUAUUGGCUAUUAUCGUGACAAAUUAUAUGCUGAUAAUCUUCAUUGGUUGUCUUAUCUUUCUUCACUAGAAUAUCUAGAGAUGAGAGUGAAUCUUAGUGCAACAUCUGAUCAUUGGCUACUCUCAAUAAACAAAAUCCCUUCUUUGAUGGAAUUACACUUGUCAUCUUGUGAACUCACCAAUAUCCAUCAGACAUCUGAUGUUAAUUUCACAUCUCUAAAGGUUCUUGAUAUUUCAUUCAAUAAUUUUAACUCUUUGAUGCCAAAUUGGAUUUUCAAUCUCAGUAGGCUUGUCCAUCUUGGUCUUGGAGGAUAUGAUUUUGAAGGCCCACUUCCCAAUAGUCCUCCUAAGAGCUUGUCUACUCUAAAAUACCUUGAUGUUUCUUAUGGCAAUCUUAAUUCUUUGCCAAACUGGUUUUUUGGUCUUAAAAAUAUGGCCAAACUUUUACUUGGUGGCAACAAUCUUGAUGCUUCAAUUGCAUGCCAUUUCCAUAACAUGACCAUUCUAAAAUAUUUUGAUAUAUAUGGGAAUAACUUUAACUCCACCAUUCCCAGAUGCCUUUACAGUCUUAAAAAUCUUGAAAUGAUGAGACUUAGCUCAAAUCAUUUGCACGGAGUCGUAUCAAAUGCCAUUGAAAAUCUAACUUCUAUGUUUUAUCUUGACCUAUCAUAUAAUGCCUUAGAAGGAAAAAUACCGCCAUCUAUGGGAAGUUUAUCCAAUUUACAAAUUAUUUCUUUGAAUGAAAACAAAUUUGAGGGAGACAUUUCAGAUGCCCUUGAAAGUUUGAUUGGUUGCAACCCAAAAAGAAUUACAUCGUUGAGUUUGGGUGGAAAUUUUUUUUCUGGUCAACCAAAAGAUGACACCAUUGAGAUGUUUGAAAAUCUAACCUAUCUUUCUCUUGCACGUAAUAUGCUUUCGGGUCUCAUUCCUCGUUCCCUUGGGAAACUAUCAGCGUUGAUGUUUCUAGAUAUUGCUGGGAACCAAUUCAAAGGAACUUUGCUUGAAAGUCUCGGAUCUCUCUCUACCUUAGAAGCACUCUAUAUCUCUAAUAAUCUUUUGGAAGGUGUUGUCUCAGAAAUUCACUUUGCCAAUCUCACAAACCUGAUAUAUUUAGAUGCUUCUGGAAAUUCACUGACACUAAGAGUGAGUCCUUAUUGGAUUCCACCCUUUCAGCUUUCAGAUAUAUGUUUAAGAUCUUGGAGCCUAGGCCCCCAAUUUCCAAACUGGCUCAAAUCACAAAAGUAUUUACAGUUCCUGGACUUGUCCCAAACUGGAAUUUCAUUUGCCAUUCCCAAUAGGUUUUGGAAAUUAUCAACCAAUUUUUGUUACUUGAAUCUCUCCCAUAACCAAAUAAGUGGGGGUAUUCCUGAUAUGCAUUUUAAUUCUAAAUAUAUUUGCAUGAUAUACUUGAGUUCCAAUAAGUUUGAGGGUCAUUUAUCUCGUAUAUCUUCUUCUGUAACAGAGCUAGAUCUUUCCAAUAAUUCCUUAUCAGGGGAUACUUCCCAUCAUUUGUGUGGUGAACCAAAUGAUGGGCCAAAUAAAUUGACUAUUCUUCAUCUUGGGGACAAUGCUUUGUCAGGCAAUAUUCCUGAUUGUUGGAAGUACUUGCCAUCACUAGAAGUGAUAAAUUUGAGUAAUGCUAAUUUGACUGGGCAAAUUCCAAAGUCCAUAGGAUCUCUACAUAGACUGAAAUCAUUGCACCUUCGUAAUAAUACCCUUUCUGGAGACAUACUUAUGUUCCUUCAAAAUUGUACAAUGUUAAGUGUCAUCGACAUUGGUCUAAAUAACAUUGUGGGAAGUCUACCCAAAUGGAUAGGAAUUAGUCUUCCCAAUCUAAUGUUUCUUGGCUUUCGUUCAAAUAAGAUGAGUGGGAUGAUUCCAUCUGAACUUUGUCACCUUAACAAACUUCAGAUUUUGGACAUCGCUUAUAACAAUUUCUCUGGAACCAUACCAAGAUGUUUCGGAGAUUUUAAAGGCAUGAUUAAUAAAUCAAGUUUGAGUGGUCAUUUAAUCUCGUAUUCUUUUUAUACGGGUGUGUUCAUGGAAAAUGCAAUUGUGGUGAUGAAAGGAAGGGAAGGUCAAUACAACACCAUCCUAUCAUUGGUGGCUAGCAUAGAUCUUUCAAAUAACAAUUUAUCAGGAGACUUCCCAAUACAGCUCACAAAUCUCCAUUCAUUACAAUCUUUGAAUCUGUCAAGAAACUCUCUCCAAGGAAGCAUUCCUAAUCAAAUAAAAGAUAUGGAUAUGUUGGAAUCUCUUAACCUCUUAAUGAACCAACUGUCUGGUGUCAUUCCUCCAAGUUUGUCAAGUUUAACUUUCUUGAAUCACUUAAACUUGUCAUACAACAACUUUUCAGGAGAAAUUCCCACAAGCACCCAACUACAGAGCAUGGAUCAAUCUUACUAUAUUGGGAACCAACUUUGCGGACUUCCACUCCUGAAAAAGUGUAGAGAAGAUCAUGAGAUAACACCUAAUGAUGCAAGUACUGAAGAUGAAGAAGAAAAAUACUGGUUUCGAUUGGGUAUAGCAGUCGGAUUUGGCGUUGGCUUUGCGGGUGUCAUUGGUCCUUUGUUGGCCUGUGGUUUAUGGAGACGUGCUUACUUUUGGUUCUUCAACGAGUAUAUGUGGUACAAGAUUGAGGAUUGCUUUAUCAGAGUAAGGUACAAGCUGCAAAAUUAGAAGGCUCAAUCAUGUUUUAUGGCUUUAGUAAUAAGAUAUAGCUUUGUUCAUUUUCUCGUUUGCCUUAUGACCAAAGACUCAUCACUCUUUUUGUUCAACAUUUUGAUUUAUUUUCUGGUAGUUUGUUCUAUUUUUUUUUUUUUUUGGAAUCAAUUAAGUUGUAAUGAUUGUUUUCUUGUUUUGUUUUGUGAAAUAUAUUGGGGUAUUAUAAUAUUGAAAGGUACACCAUUUUGUUUUGUGGCUACCAAACUUCUCUUACAACAAA